AUGUCUGCAGAAUACUACGAUUAUUAUGACGGUAGUAAAUUAUUUUUGUUUUUAUCAAACCGACUCGGGCUACCCAUCGACUUGGUUAAUUUUUUGAUCGCACAAUUUGCUGCAUUAUGCGUGGCCAGACUUUUUCGGAAACCAUUAAAACUAGCUUCGCCAGAAUUUCGACAUUCAUUAUGCCUAGUUAUAGGGUUGCUAAUGGGAUAUUUCUGCUUUGGAAAACAAGCAGUACAUUUAUCGGUGCUACCUAUGAUAGGAUAUAUUCUACUGAGGACUUUAUCACCUAAUUUAAUGGGAAAUGUUAUUCUGGCCGCUUCUAUGAUAUAUUUGUCUUGUAUACAUUUGCAUCGACAGAUUUAUCACACGGCUGACUAUUCAUUAGAUAUAACGGGUCCUCUGAUGGUUAUAACUCAGAGGGUUACAUCUUUAGCAUAUUCGUUGCAAGAUAAAUUAACUACGAAGGAAAUAAACGCUAACUCUACAAGCAAUUCAUGGAGUAAGGACUUCAAAACGGAUAAAAUGCCAUCACCACUCGAAUAUUUCGCGUACACAUUGGCCUUCCAGACUUUGAUGUGCGGGCCGGUCGUGUUUUAUUCAGAUUACAUAAGUUUCAUUGAAGGCGAUCAUGUUAAUGGAGAGGGAAAAAGUCAUAUGACAGAAAGAGAACCCUCUCCUAGAUUGGCAGUUCUUUAUAAAGUAGCAGGCUCUGUGGCAGCGGCUGUUCUAUAUUUGUCUCUGGCUAAGAAGUAUCCUCUAACAGUGCUUGAAGAAUUAACCAAUCCACAUUCAGAAGUAUCAAGGUCUUGGUCUGCUUUAUAUUUGCUCUGGUACGCGUAUCUAUCUACGCUGGUCGUCCGUUGUAAGUAUUAUCACGCGUGGCUGCUGUCUGAAGCAAUAUGUAACAACUCAGGAAUGGGUUUCAAUGGAUAUGACACGAAUGGAAGCCCGAAAUGGGAUAAGAUGUCCAAUAUUGAUGUACUGGGAUUUGAGCUGGCUCAGAACUUCCGCGCGGCUGUAUCAAGUUGGAACAAGAAUACAAAUGCUUGGCUGCGGUUGGUCGCAUACAGCCGAGGUGGCUGGCGGACGACGCGUGUGUACGCCUUAUCAGCGAUAUGGCACGGCUUUCAUCCCGGUUAUUACUUCACAUUCUUCGCGGGAGGAAUAUUUACAGUCGCUGCUAAGAAGGUGCGAUCUUUUGCACGUCCGAUGUUUGUGGACAGUAAACCUAAGAAGAUGUUGUAUGAUGCCUUAACCUUCAUAACGACUCGCGUCGCUAUGACGUAUGCUACAGUACCGUUUAUUCUGCUGAAUCUAUCACCGACACUUGCAUUUUAUGGAAAAUUCUACUAUUCAUUGCAUUUUAUUGCUCUGGGUGCGCUGUUUUUGCCAAACAACAAUAAAUACCACACAACUCAAAACUCCAAUUGUUCUAAUACGUCUUCAAAAUUAAAAGAAAAUUCAAUUCAGGAAAACAUAGUGGAGGCAAACGGUAAGAUGAAGGUACACUAA